GUGGGCUAGUUGCUAUCAGUAGCCACAUCACCAGCCCCAUCAGCCACCAGCAGCGGCUGCAGUUACAGGUUCCACACUCAGGAGGAGACCGGCGGACAGCUUCAACAAAGAGGCCGUAGCUGGAGCUGACAUUUCCUUUAAAACAGAGGGGACCUUCACUUGGAACCGCAACUUAAAACUCACGCAGACAAACGGAGCCAUGGUGGAAUACUACCAGAUAUUAGGAGUCCACAAAAACGCAACGCAAGAUGACAUCAAAAAAGCUUACAGAAAAUCAGCAUUAAAAUGGCAUCCAGACAAGAACCCAGACAACAAGGAGGAAGCAGAGAGGAAGUUCAAAGAGCUGUCAGAGGCAUAUGAAGUGCUCUCAGACGAGAGCAAGAGGAAUAUUUAUGACCGGUACGGCAAAGAAGGUCUUUCAGCAGGAGGAGGAGGAGGAGGAGGAGGAGGAGGUCAUUAUGAUCACUUUGGCGGCGGUGGCUUCACAUUCCGUAAUCCUGACGACGUUUUCAGGGAAUUCUUCGGUGGCAGAGAUCCAUUUGCAGACUUUUUUGCUGAUGACCCUUUUGAUGAUUUCUUCGGCGGUGGUCGCGGUCGUCAGAGGGGUGCGAGCAGGAACAGGAUGGGGGGAUCGCUGUUUGGUUUUGGAGGCUUCCCAGCCUUUGGGCCUGGCUACUCAGGGUUUGAUUCAGGUUUUAGCUCAUUUGGAGACAUGGGCGGAGGAGGCUUCACUACCUUCUCUUCAUCAUCUUUUGGUGGUAUUGGCGGAGGAGGAGGAGGAGGCGGCGGCGGCGGCGGUGGUGGAGGUGGAGGAGGAGGAGGAGGUAACUUCCGGUCUGUGUCAACCUCCACCAAGUUCAUCAACGGCAGGAAAAUUACUACAAAACGGAUCGUGGAGAACGGCCAGGAGCGGGUAGAAGUGGAAGAGGAUGGUCAGUUAAAAUCUCUUACAGUAAAUGACAUCACAGCUGAAGACUCCUUGGAGGAAGACUUCCGUCGCCGCAGACAAAACGCACUCCCUGGCCUCGGCUUGCACCAGCGCUACCUGAGGAGCUCCGCCCAAAACCCCACGGAGGAAGAGGAGGAGCACGGCUUUCAGAGUCUGGGACUAACAAGAGGACACACAGACACCAAGAGGAAGAAACUGAGGCUAAAGGAGACAGAGUCCAAAAAGAAAAGAGCUCCUCGACUCUUCCCUCGAUUUGGAAAUGCCUUUUUUUAAACACUCGCAACCACACACCCUCACAAACACACACUUACAAUUAUAAAUAUAUAUAUGUA